GACGCGGAGUCGCCCGGGCCCCUGGGGGCGGCGCGCGGCCCCGCGGCGACGUGGCCGCAGGCGCCGUCCUACUGCACGGCGGACGAGGCCACCGAGGAGGCCGACUUUGGCGCACAGGAGGACCUCGAGUUGCGGGAGCAGGUGAAGCACUUUGUGCAGGAGACCACCGUCGCCGGGAGAGUGGUAGACGUCGUCAUGGAGGAGGGGCGCGUCGAGGUGGGCUGCCUCAGGCUGACGAGGAACCUGCGCUUCUUUCAGCUGGAGGUGGGCGGGGCCGUGCACGAGAUCCCAGUGACCACUGUCAAGGACGUGUGCACGGGCGUGGACGUGGGAUCCUCCUGGGCACCGGUGCGGCUGGACGGCCUGUGCAGCACGAUCGUCUUGAAAAACGAGGAGUGCCUCACGUUCCGAUUCGACAGCGAUGCGGAGAGGGAUGCCUUUUCGAGGUGUGUGAGGAUCAUGUCGAUGGCCCUGGACUUGUGA